AAUCAAUCCUGUGGUUGAUAGCGAAGCCCUUCGAGAUCCGAUGCAGCCAAGCCAGAACCCGCAGAGUGCGCUGCGCGCAUCCUGCGAAUCGUGCAGGAAGGCAAAGGUUCGAUGUAGACGAGAAGGUGCGAGCUGUUCUCGUUGCAUGGAACGGGAGCAGAAAUGUGAGUUUUCGCCUUCUUCCCGGAAGCGAAGCGUCAAAGGACAACCCACUCCGCAUCGUGAUACUAUUGACGAGAUGAAAAACCGUCUUGAGAGGAUGGAGUCGCUGUUGCUCGCAAGAAGGCGCUCAUCAGCGGACGAUAGUAAGGCCAGCUCGUCGGUGCUCGAUAACCACGAGAACGAUGCGUCGUACUGCUUGACGGAUUGCACUGGCUUCUCCAGUUUCAUUGGUACGCCUCUAUUGCUCAUUAUCCCCAUGGCUGGGCGCAAAAUUCACAGUGUCGGUCCAGGUUCCGCGUCCGGUUUCGGUCUCUUCUCGCCGCGUGGUCUGCAGUGGGUUUCCAGUAUCACUCACUCGACAGAAUUGUUGGAAUUCCUCUCCAAUAGAGUGCAGACCUACAUGAUAGGCUGGUCGGAGGAGAUGAUGAGCACAUGGCAACAUCUCGGGCCAGACGGACUGCACUUCCACCAAAAGGCACCGCCAUCCUCGCAGUUAACUGUCAGGUCUUCCCUAUGCACCACCCACCAUCAACAAGCUGACAGCUGUGCAGACUUUUUUGCCUAUGUAAACUCCAGUUUGCCCCUCUUUAACCAGGAGAGGUUUAUGGAACUGUUCAACUCUCAGUACUCAGGCAAUCCUCCAACGAGCGUGGCCUGGUAUGCCUCGCUCAAUGCCGUACUCGGUAUGGGCGCACUUGUCUUAGAAGAUGAGAUUGGCAUGCCGUCCGCCGUCCUACAUCCCAGACAGGAUGCCGAAGGUGGGGGCCAUGUGUUGAGCUGUCUACGAAAUUGCUAUUCAGUCUUCACCCAGCUCUCAUAUAGCUGCAGAGAGGUGAUGGGCGUCCAAGCUCUUAUCGGAAUGGCUAUGAUCCUCGAAUUCCUACUGGACGCGGAGGCAAGUUAUAUGGCCAUUGGAUCAGCGGCACGACUCGCACUCGGGCUAGGGUUGAAUCGGGAUUGCGGUUCCGAGUUCUCCAGGAGCGAGUUAGAGGAGCGGCGCAGCCUCUUCCGGGUUGGAUACGUCGUAGAUCGAGCUCUGAGCUUCCGGCUUGGACGUCCGCCAACGAUCUCCGACGAAGACAUCCAAGUCAGCGAGCCGCCAUCCGGCAAAUUCGCACACUUGGUGAAGCUGAUCAGGAUUGAGAGCGAGAUCUAUACAAGGCUGUACUCCGUCCGCGCUCGGAGCCCAGAACGGCGCGCGGAAAGGCUUGCAGCUGAGGAUGAGCUGUAUCAGAAGCUCGUUGCAUGGCAAUAUUCCUUGCCUGACGGAGAGCUGCGGCCGGGGCAGUUAAUGCUCUGGCGCCUGAACAUCGGUGCAGAUACAUCUUCCCCCCUAACAGACCCUCGCUGGUCUUCCAAGCGCAUUGCAUGUCUCUCCGCCGCGAGGAAUACAAUCAAACUACUUGACAGUUUACGGGAGGGUGGUGAAUUGUUUCGAAAUAAUCUGGCGCGCCGCCUGUCAUACUAUCCCCUUUCUGCCUUUCUGGAACUCUUCAUCAAUACCCUUCUGUAUCCACGCGAUCCCAGCGCCUUGGCCGAUCUAGACUGGCUUCGAGUCGUUGUGAACUUGAUGUCCGGGCCCCUGACCAUAAGCAGCUCGCCGCUUGCUUUGCUGUUCUGUGAAAUCUUUGAGAAAAUGACGAAAACGGCCGAGGACUUCCUUGCCCGCACUCUAUCAGGUGGAACGGACGGAACAGCCCCGUUUCGCGCUCUCGCAACCCCCAAAUUUACGAGCCAUGACAUCUCUUCUACCAUAGGCUCUCCAUUCGGCGCCCCCAGAGAAAACCAGACAUUAGGCGGCUUGUGUCCGCAGCUCCCUCCACCGUUCUCGGACUAUGCGCUGCCCUCUUACGACGAGCCUGCUCCAACCCGAGAAGGGGGACCAUUGGCGAAGGUGAGACAGAUUCUUUCAACAUCUGACGUGGGCGCGUCCGAGACGUUCUUUGCUCGGUACGAGACCAUCUCGAGCGAGGUACAGGGUGUUGAUUCGGGUCUUUCGUCCCCAUCACUCCACCACGGCUGGCGAAAUCCUACCACGCUGCCAGAAGGCUCUAGCAGCUUCGGCCCACCAUCGUAA